CUUUUCGCGAUCCGGCAAUUUGUUCUUUCCUGCUGCUUUUCUUGACGAGUCCCUCCUGCCUUAUUAGAUGCUAAUUGACGAGAUAAUCUGACUGGAUCUUCAGCUACAUUUUCCUCGAAUCAUUCUUUCAAAAAGCGAGUCAUCGCCACAUUCAAGUGUCAUUCACGAUUUGGGUCACGCAAAAGAUCUUCGCUGAUUCCGAGGUUAAUCCGUCCCAAACGAUACCCCGCGAAGGAAAAUCCCCCAUCCACCAGGCUCACACUGGUGUUGCGUCGUUGUCAGCAGUAUACCGUCUCGAAGGACGUCCACCGGACUCUCGAUUACUCAGACCGUCACUCCUACACGUUGAUCAGUCAUUCUUGGACAUGUUGGUGCUGUCGCCUUGAUCCAGUCUCCACCCUUCUAUCAGUGGAACGCAAUCCACCGGAUGGAAGUCUCCAGUUGCCCUUCUAACUAGGCAAGGAGUUUUGCCAUCUUCUCACAACUAAUCUUUCUACACUCGUUGAGUCGCAUCGACCAUGGGACUAUUAGCACUGGGCACGGCUCUCGACUGGCCGGAGGCCAAGCUACAGGCUAACAAAGUCCGUGAAUGGGGAAUAGAGCAAUUGCUCAACAUCUGGCGCAAGGCCAAGGUCAAGGAGCGUGAUGCUCUCCUAUGGGGUGAUGAGAUCGAGUAUCUCGUGGUCGCGAUCGACGACGAGCAGAAAAAGGUUCGUCUGUCUUUAUGUCAAGCCGAUGUCCUCGAAGCUCUUGCUCGGGAUGAGCAGCUUGCCAAAAAGGACCCGGUAGUCCCAGAUUUGCAGGACACGACCAAUAAACGUGGUACACUGCCAACAUUUCAUCCAGAGUUUGGUAGAUUCAUGCUCGAGGCAACCCCUGGGAAACCAUGGGGUAUUGGCUUCAAGGAUUUGCUCGAUGUCGAGUCCGAUAUGAGACGGCGUCGAGUCAUCGCCAAAGAGCAUAUGGAUCCAGACCAGUUCCCCAUCACCUUGACCACUUUCCCACGGCUUGGAUGCCGGGAAGAUUUCAUUACACCGUACUAUCCUCCUUCGGGGCCAGCUUUACGAUCUCAGUUCGUUCCGGACGAAAUCGCCAAUCCACACAUUCGUUUCCCAACCCUUGCUGCUAACAUUCGUUCGCGAAGAGGUCGCAAGGUGGAGCUCAACGUCCCCGUCUUCAAAGACAAAGCCACGCCAUCUCCUUUCCAGGAUCCGACAGUGAACUACGACCUCCACAAUUGGCCUGAAGACGAUGAUGUUCGUAACGGUGCGGCCAAGCAAGACCAUGUCUACAUGGAUGCCAUGGCGUUUGGAAUGGGUAGCUGUUGCCUUCAAAUCACCUUCCAAGCCAAGAAUAUACGAGAGGGUCGCACACUGUACGAUCAACUGUCACCACUGGGGCCAAUCCUGUUGGCAUUGACCGCUGCGACUCCCAUAUACAAAGGUUUCCUCGUUGACACCGAUGUGAGGUGGAAUCAAAUCUCACGUGCAGUCGAUGACCGCACCCGUGAAGAACUUGGAGAAACGCCGUUACACAAUGAUCGAUGGCGGAUCCCCAAAUCACGCUAUGCCAGCAAUAGUACCUAUAUCGCGGAAGACUCACGGCUGAGGCCUGAAUACCUUGACCCAGAUCUAAUCGUGGACGAGGCCCUGAAACAGAAACUACUCGAUGGGGGUAUGGACGAGCGUCUCGCUACCCAUUUUGCACAUUUAUUCAUCCGAGAUCCAAUCGUGAUCUUUUCCGAAGACCUGAAAACUCUGGACCCUGAGGGCUCCAACCAUUUUGAAAAUAUCCAAAGCACAAAUUGGCAGCAUAUGCGAUUCAAACCACCACCACCUGAUGCCGAUAUUGGGUGGCGUGUUGAAUUUCGAUCUAUGGAAAUUCAAAUCACAGAUUUUGAAAACGCAGCAUUCAGCAUAUUCAUUGUUUUGAUUACGAGAGCCAUUCUAUCGUUCGAUCUAAACUUCUACAUUCCCAUUCCACGGACCACGGAAAACAUGGAGACUGCGCAUACCCGCGACGCCGUGAUGACGUCCAAAUUUUGGUUCCGAAAGGACCCAUUCCCACGUCGGAAGCCAUCGCCAACGCUGAAUGGGGUUGGAAACUCGUCAACGUCUUCGGAGAACAUGAAGGCCGAAACUACGGACGACCCAACCCCGCAAACUCAGUCGAGUCGUUCGCAGUCUCCUUGUCCUGUCGAAGACGAAUAUACUCUCAUGACCAUUGACGAGAUCAUCAACGGGGUCAAAUCCGAGGACUCGGACGCCUUCCCUGGCCUUAUUCCUCUGGUGGAAUCGUAUCUCGACAGCGUGAAUAUUGACGUUGCCACUCGCUGCGAACUUGCACGUUAUCUUGACCUGAUUCGGCGACGGGCGGACGGCAGGCUCUGGACCGGUGCCAAGUGGAUUCGCGAGUUUGUGAGGUCUCAUGCGGACUACAAAGGGGAUAGCGCGGUCGAACCGAACAUUGUUUAUGAUUUGUUCAAGGAGGUAGAAGCCGUGGGCAAGUGCGAAGGUCAGCCCGCGGGCAAGGGUGCUGGCUGGCAGAUGUUUACAGCCAAAGAACGGCCAAGGGGCUUAGACGAGUGAUCUCUAGGAUCUCCUGUUGACAUCCACUUUCGCCCGCAAGAUACAUCAAGGGCUUGCCAGUAUUUAGUGGCGUCGAAUGUGUCUGAUCUAGAUUAUCGUCACCGUUGCUGGCGGCCAAUAGACCAUGGCGCAUAUUCGAAUCAAUGAAAACACGAGGACACCUUGAUAGGGCCCCCUUCU